UUUACUUCACGUUCACUGAGGAAUUCAUUCGUGGAGGAUGUGAUGUAAAUAUAUGCCCUUCCGGUUUGGACGGCCUCUUUUCGUUCAGGCUAAGCAGUCCGACGGAGUUUGCAAAGAUGCAGAUCUUUGUGAAAACGUUAACGGGGAAGACCAUCACCCUUGAGGUGGAACCCAGUGAUACCAUCGAAAAUGUCAAGGCAAAAAUCCAGGACAAAGAAGGUAUCCCUCCUGAUCAGCAGCGUCUGAUCUUCGCUGGCAAACAGCUCGAGGAUGGCCGCACACUGUCAGACUACAACAUUCAAAAAGAGUCUACUCUGCACCUUGUGCUCCGCCUGCGAGGAGGCAUCAUUGAGCCUUCUCUGAGGCAACUGGCCCAGAAGUAUAACUGCGACAAGAUGAUCUGCCGCAAGUGCUAUGCUCGCCUUCACCCCCGCGCCGUCAACUGCCGCAAGAAGAAGUGUGGCCACACCAACAACCUGCGCCCCAAGAAGAAGCUGAAGUAGACGCUCCGCGCUGUUCUCUUGGCCCUAUGCAGUUUGCAUUAGUUGGUUAAAUAAAUGUUGAGAAAAACAAAA